AAUAGUGCAAAUAGUCAAACAGUCCAAUAGUUCAAACAUUGGAAAUAUCCCUGAGUGGACUCGUCUUAUAUCAUCGUUGCUCUCCGCCUAUGUCCGUCCGUCACCACUUUCCACUUCUCCUUCACCAUCUUCCACUUCCAGUCCAUCUUUCCUUUCCACCUUUUACUGUCCACCUUUGAUCCCAUUGACAAGUUUCCCUCAUUCUCUUCAGCUCUCCCGAGCAAGGCGGAUGGCGGGUUGAUGUGACGAACACUCAAUCGAGCUCCCCAGACCCAAUAACUUAUGGCCAGACAAAGGCCCUCCUCCAACCGCCAGGACCCUCUCGAGGAUUAUCCCACUUCCCCAGGCACUUCCACGGCCUCUUCUUCCCUGAGAAUCACUCGCUCAGCCGCGAGACUCGCGACAGACCCUCCUCCCCCUGCUGAGUCCAGUACCCAACCCGCCGCUGGCUCGGCUUCAUCCCGCAAACGCAAGGCAUCCUCUCGCAACGAUCGACAGACCGACACUCCGGCCCAGCCAUCGCCUCCAUCACCUCAACGGAAGCCCAAGCGACCACGUACGGCUGCCCCACCGACAGCGCCAUCUACUGGCUCUGUUGCAGUUCCCCGCCGCACUCGUCGUGCAACCAUGUCACAACCCGGCCCGUCGUCCCGACCAGAGGAAUCCAAGUCGGCCACUUCUCCACAGCCCGCCCGGAGAAAGACAAGUCGGAGCGAUCGACCCGGAACCACACAGUCUCCCCCCCGACGUCAGAAGAAGCGUACGACGAAGACAAACCCUGAUGUCAUAAUGCGAGAUGCGGAGGAGGAUCUGGAGGAGGAAGAUCAAGAAGAACAACAAGAAGAAUCCGCAACAGAAGAGAGUCAUGAUGGCACCAACCCGUCCGCCUUUGAUGAUGACGAUAUGGAUCCCUUCGCCAACAGCUUAUUUGGUGGGCGAGGUCCCAUGGGCCUUCAGAGUACCCUCCGUGCCCUCACUGGUAUGAUGUCCGGCAUGUCUUCCCGACUUCGCGAUAUUCUCGUCAACCUGCGGGCAAAAGACGACCCAUCCAUUCAACUUAUCGCCCUUCAGGAGCUCUCGGAUCUGCUACUUGUAUCAAAUGAGGAUAAUCUUACCGGACAAUUCUCCCCCGACCCGUACGUCAAGGAGCUUGUGACCUUGAUGCAGCCGAAUCAGUUCGGCGAGGAGAACCCCGAGAUCAUGCUUCUCGCCUGUCGCUCCCUUGCCAACCUCAUGGAGGCCUUACGGGGCUCCGUGGCCAACGUUGUUUAUGGUGGGGCCGUGCCGAUCCUUUGUCAGAAGCUUCUUGAUAUCCAAUUUAUCGAUUUGGCCGAGCAGGCUUUGAGCACAUUGGCUAAGAUCUCAGUCGAUUUCCCUGCCUCAAUUGUGCGGGAAGGUGGACUGACUGCUUGCUUGACCUAUCUCGACUUCUUCCCUACCAGCACCCAGCGAACAGCAGUUACAACAGCCGCAAACUGCUGCCGCAAUCUCCCUCACGACUCGUUCCCUGUUGUACGCGAUGUCAUGCCCACCUUGCUAAAUGUUCUGUCCAGCAAUGACCCCAAGGUUGUUGAACAAGGUUGUCUCUGUGUGUCACGGAUUGUGGAGAGCUUCAAGCACCGCCCUGAGAACCUGGAGGAACUGAUUGAACCUGCCAUGCUCAAGGCUGUUCUUCGGCUGCUACUGCCAGGGACUACUAACCUCAUCGGUCCUCACAUCCACACACAGUUCCUUCGAGUUCUGGCAAUCAUCUCUAAGACCAGCCCUCGACUGUCAAAUGAACUUUUCAAGAUGGAUGUAGUUGAUACUCUUUAUCAGAUCUUGACGGGUGUUUCUCCCCCACAGGACGUGGACAGCACCGCUGUCAAGAUGGACAGUGUGCUGGUCAUGCAAGCAUUGAUCCACCGACCCCGCGAACAAGUCUUCGAAACUCUCAAUGUUAUCUGCGAACUACUGCCCGGUGUUCCUAGUCGCGAGGCCUCACGGACGGACGCCCUUCUCAGCUCAUACUUUGACAGUAGCAUGUCUAUCAAUCUGAAAUCUUCCAAGACUAAAGAUGCAGUAGAGGAGAGACGAUCUCUGCUCGACAACUGCAAGACUCAGCUCAAGCGAUUUGCCAUGAUCCUUUUCCCCACCUUGACCGAUGCCUACUCUAGCACGGUCAAUUUGCACGUCCGCCAGAAGGUUCUUAUUGCACAGCUGAAGAUGCUGCACAUUCUGGAGCCUUCCUUGAUUGAAGAUGCCCUCCGAACCGUUCCAUAUGCCUCCUUCCUAGCUUCUAUCCUUUCUCAGAAAGAUCACCCAUCCCUCGUGUCCCUAGCUCUACGUUGCUCCGAGCUUCUGUUCCAACGCCUUGAGCAUGUAUACCAACAUCAGUUCCAUCGGGAAGGAGUCAUCUCAGAGAUUGUCAAAUUGUCAGAGGGCACGCUCUCCGGCAAUGAGCCUCCUGUCACAUCCGAUCCUGCCGAUGUGGAGAACAGCACAAAUCCCUCGCAUUCCCACCGCGCAGAGACUACAUCCCACCAAAAUGAAGAUGAGGACCAAGAUGAAGAUGAAGCCGAUGACUACGAUGACGAUGAGGGCGAUGGCGAAGAUGAAGACAACGAAGACAUGUCUGAUUCCGAUGAAGACUUGGCCCUGGGCCCGCGGAGUAUCGAGAAAAUGGACAGCACCAUCAACGAUCUUAUCAUUCGAGAUGCGCAGACGUUCCUGGAAAGCUAUGAAGAAAGCCAUGGCGGAGCAGUCCGAGCAGAGGCCCUUAAGAUCUUGAAGGAACUUCAAUCUCUGGCCGCUGAUAUACGCACAUGCUAUUCCAACGGCAACGGCGAUGGCCAUGCCUUGUUCAAAAAGCUUGCAUCUUACUUUGUCGGGGACGCUUUGGAGAGCAUCACCAGCUCCGAACUGCUCAACUCAGGCAUUGUAGAGGUCCUCCUGGAUGUUCUCGGUAAUUACCAAGCCCCAUCCAUCCGCAAUGCUCGAGCUGCCUUUUUGCAAGCCUUCAUGGGGAUUCCAAUCUCGGAGAAGGCUCAGAGACAGAGUACCGCAACCACCCCUUUCAGCGUUUUGAUUCGGAAGUUACAAGACUUGCUUAGUAGGACUGAGCAUUUCGAAGUUUUAACUGUCAGUCAUAACUCCCUGGAAAACACACGCAGCAAUGCCAACUACAUGUUGAGCAAACAGCUGCGACUCAAGUUGGUUGCGGAUGACGCCUCUGAGAUCCCCCGCCCUUAUCGAAAUCUCAUGGUGUCCAUUCAUGCCAUCGCAACCUUCAAAGCGUUGGAUGACUUCCUCCACCCUCGAAUCAGCAUGUCUGAGCGUCCUCGACCGUCACGACCUAGGGAUUCUAUCCUUUCUCAAAUUGCCAACGCAGCGCGAAUGCGUGAUCAGCUCCCUGGCUCCAUCCCUUCCCGACAUCCACCAGGGACCAUCCUACCUAGUCGCGCAGGAGGCCCUCGUGGGCUUGCCGCCGACACUGCUGAAGAAGGCGAUACUCCUACAGCUGUACGUCGCCGAUCUCGCCGCACGGCCCUUCAAGAAGAGGAAGAAGAACAUGACGACGAGCCCCUUGAGUGCGCGGAUGAGAGACAAUUGACCGAUGAAGAAGAUGAAGAAGAAGAAGAUGAAGAUGAGGAACUCAAUGCCAUCGUUGAUGAUCUUGAUGAGGAUCUUGAGGAUGAUGGUGUCUCCGACCCCUCCGCAGUCAACAUGGAAGUGGCGUCUUCGGGCAAGGUCACAGCUCGCAAGGAGGACGGUACUCGCGUCGGAACUCCUUCUCACGGUGCAGCCUCCAAUGCUUCGGCUUCAGCCCCGAGCGUUGGUUCUUCCAACCCCAUGGGGAACGCAUCUUUGGCUACUGCUGGCCGUCCAUUCUCAUCCUACGCUGCUGCGAUGGCUUCCGUCCCUCAGGACUGGCACAUCGAGUUCCUUGUAGAUGGCCAGCCAAUUUCAAGCGAGACCACAGUCUACCGUGCUGUCCACCACAAUCGUGAGCAUUUGGAUGAAAACAGUGCCAAGAACGUCUGGUCUGCUGUCCACACAGUCACAUUCAGACGGGUCCCUGGCCCUCCACCUCCAGAGCCAUCGACUCUCAUCCAGGUCAACCAAGAUUCAUCCAAUGGUGACAGUCUCGAUAUGCCCGCAUCUCUCGACAAGGACAAAAUCACAGCAUCCAUUCUCUGUUUGCUUCGUGUCCUGCAUGAAAUGAAUGCGACAAUUGACGAUAUUCUGACAGAGAACAAGGACUCGGUUACAAUUACCCCAGAGCCCCUGGCCCAGUUUAUCAACACAAAGCUCACAGCCAAGAUAAACCGACAGCUGGAGGAGCCACUGAUUGUGGCAAGUAGCUGCCUUCCAAGCUGGAGUGAAGAUCUAGCCAGGCUCUUCUCAUUCCUGUUCCCAUUCGAGACUAGGCAUUUGUUCCUGCAAUCAACCGCCUUUGGCUACUCGCGAGCAAUGAUGAGAUGGCAAAACUCCCAGAGCGAGGAUAGCCGUCGCGAUAUGCGCCGUGAUGAUCGCCCAUUCCUCGGUCGACUGCAACGCCAGAAAGUGCGCAUUUCCCGCGCUCGCAUCCUUGAUUCUGCUAUGAAGGUCAUGGAGCUGUAUGGCUCUUCCCCUAGUAUACUCGAGGUUGAAUACUUUGAGGAAGUUGGUACUGGCCUUGGCCCCACUCUUGAAUUUUAUUCUACUGUUUCCAAGGAGUUCUCUAAGAAGAAGCUGAAAAUCUGGAGAGAGACUGAAGGUGCCUCUUCCGGAGCGGAAUACGCCUUUGGAAAGCGUGGCUUGUUCCCUGCUCCCAUGAGUGAUCAGCAGGCAGCCCAAGAUUCCGGCAAGAAGCAAUUGAACAUUUUCAAGGUUCUUGGAAAGUUCGUUGCGCGCUCUAUGCUCGACUCCAGGAUCAUCGAUAUCUCCUUCAACCCAGCAUUCUUCCGCAUCGCCGAUACCCUGUCUUCUGUAGCCCCAUCUUUGGGCACUGUGAAGUUGGUUGACGAGGAGCUUGCUAAGUCUUUGAUCAUGCUCCAGCAAUUUGUCCAUGCCAAGGAUGCAAUUGAGAGCGAUAACACCCUCAGCCCCGGCCACAAGACAGAGGCUGUGCAAGAGAUCACAGUGCAUGGUGUCAAGGUCGAUGACUUGAGCUUGGACUUUACGCUCCCUGGAUAUCCCGCCAUUGAGCUUAUCCCCGGUGGCUCUGAUGUGCCGCUGACCAUCGAAAACGUCGAUACAUACAUUGAGCGCGUGAUCGACAUGACCCUAGGAAGCGGUGUCCGUCGUCAAGUCGAUGCCUUCCGCACGGGUUUCUCUCAGGUCUUCCCAUACUCUUCUCUUCGGGCCUUCACUCCUAGCGAGCUUGUCAUGCUUUUCGGACAGGCGAAGGAAGACUGGACUAUUGAAACUUUGAUGGAUACCAUUAAGGCUGACCAUGGCUUCAACAUGGACAGCCGGAGUAUACGCAAUCUGCUCCAAACCAUGAGCGAGCUGGAUAACCAGCAACGCCGAGACUUCCUCCAAUUUGUUACAGGUAGUCCUAAGCUUCCUAUCGGAGGUUUCAAGAGUCUCACACCUAUUUUCACUGUCGUGUGCCGUCCAAGCGAACACCCCUACACCCCAGAUGACUACCUCCCCAGUGUGAUGACCUGUGUCAACUACCUCAAGCUCCCCGACUACAGCGACCUGGACGUUUUGAAAAAGCGCCUGUCCGUCGCUAUCAAGGAAGGCCAGGGAGCCUUCCACCUCUCCUAAGCUGAGAUCGCAGUCACAAGAUCAUUGCCUGAUUUUGGAUUAAAUUUUGUUUUCAGAGUGAACUCGCGACCCGAUUUCUGCCCUCCUUCUUCAUCUACCCAUCUACCCUGAUCCAUUGCUUCCAAUGUUGCUUCCUCUUUCGCCUUCUCAACCAAGGCAGAGAACGCCCCAUUUACGAUUCGACGAUGUCUGAUUUACUUGUUUUGAGCUCUAUCCCCCCAUUAUUAAAUUCCCUUUCCCUUGCCUUGUUUUUCCCUUGGCAAAUCCCCCAUUCCCAAGUUUUCGGACGGGCUGUUUCACCCCUUUCUUUGUUUCUUUUGGCCCUUUGUUUUCAUUGUAUGCCAUCUGGGUUGAAAGGCGUUGUGGUGAGCUUUCCCUUUUCAAUAGUGAUUAGAUAGUAAUCAUCACUAUUAAAAACAAAAUCC